GGAAGGGUGCGGGGUGCUUGUUUCUCUGACGGACGGAAUACGGGUGCCGGGCGGGCUCUCGCGGAAGUCCAUGCGCCAUUGGGAGGGCCGCAGUGGCUGCUCUGUGCCCUUGUUGCCGAGGGCUUCUUCCUGGGUCAUUCCUGGAGCAAGGGCCGGACGGGGGCUGACACCCGGGCUGCCGCGUGGCCCUGUCGGCGCCGGUGUGACUUCCUCGCCGGCGGGAUGUGGCGACUACGCCGGGCCGCCGUGGCCUGUGAGGUCUGCCAAUCCUUAGUGAAACGUAGCUCUGGAAUCAAAGGAAGCUUACCACUACAAAAACUGCAUCUGGUUUCAAGAAGUAUUUAUCAUUCACAUCAUCCUACCUUAAAGCUUCAAAGACCCCAAUUCAGGACAUCAUUUCAUCAGUUCUCCUCUCUAACUAACCUUCCCUUACGUAAAUUGAAACUUUCUCCAAUUAAAUAUGGCUACCAGCCAUGCAGGAAUUUUUGGCCAGCAAGAUUAGCUGCAAGACUCUUAAAACUUCGAUAUCUCAUACUAGGAUCUGCUGUUGGGGGUGGCUAUACAGCCAAAAAGACUUUUGAUCAGUGGAAAGAUAUGAUACCUGACCUUAGUGACUAUAAAUGGAUUGUACCUGACAUAGUGUGGGAGAUUGAUGAGUACAUCGAUUUAGAGAAAAUUAGAAAAGCACUUCCUAAUUCAGAGGACCUUGCAAAAUUGGCACCUGACUUUGAUAAGAUUGCCGAAAGCCUCAGCUUAUUGAAGGACUUUUUCACCACAGGUCACAAAUUGGUUAGUGAAGUCAUAGGAGCUUCUGACCUACUUCUCUUGUUAGGUUCACCUGGAGAAACUGCAUUUAGAGCAACAGAUCAUGGAUCUGAAAGUGACAAGCAUUAUAGAAAGGGUCUGCUUGGUGAGCUCAUUCUCUUACAACAGCAAAUUCAAGAGCAUGAAGAGGAAGCACGCAGAGCUGCUGGCCAAUAUAACACAAGCUAUGCCCAACAGAAGCGCAAGGUGACAGACAAAGAGAAAAUUGACCAGCUUCAAGAAGAACUUCUGCAUACUCAGUUAAAGUACCAGAGGAUCUUGGAACGGUUAGAAAAAGAGAACAAAGAAUUAAGAAAAUUAGUAUUGCAGAAAGAUGACAAAGGCAUCCAUCACAGAAAACUUAAGAAAUCUUUGAUUGACAUGUAUUCUGAAGUUCUUGAUGUUCUAUCUGAUUAUGAUGCCAGUUACAAUACACAAGAUCAUCUGCCAAGGGUGGUUGUGGUUGGAGACCAGAGUGCUGGAAAAACUAGUGUGUUGGAAAUGAUUGCCCAAGCACGGAUAUUCCCUCGAGGAUCUGGGGAAAUGAUGACACGCUCUCCGGUUAAGGUUACUCUUAGUGAAGGUCCUCACCACGUGGCCUUGUUUAAAGAUAGUUCUCGGGAGUUCGAUCUUACCAAAGAGGAGGAUCUUGCAGCAUUAAGACAUGAAAUAGAACUCCGAAUGAGGAAAAAUGUGAAAGAAGGCUGUACUGUUAGUCCUGAGACCAUAUCUUUAAAUGUAAAAGGCCCUGGACUGCAGAGGAUGGUGCUUGUUGACUUGCCAGGUGUGAUUAGUACUGUGACAUCAGGCAUGGCUCCUGACACGAAGGAAACUAUUUUCAGUAUCAGCAAAGCUUAUAUGCAAAAUCCUAAUGCCAUCAUACUAUGUAUUCAAGAUGGAUCUGUGGAUGCUGAACGCAGCAUUGUUACAGACUUGGUCAGUCAAAUGGAUCCUCAUGGAAGGAGGACAAUAUUUGUUUUGACCAAAGUAGACCUGGCAGAAAAAAAUGUGGCUAGCCCAAGCAGGAUUCAGCAGAUUAUUGAAGGAAAACUCUUCCCAAUGAAAGCUCUGGGUUAUUUUGCUGUUGUAACAGGAAAAGGAAACAGCUCUGAAAGCAUUGAAGCUAUAAGAGAAUAUGAAGAAGAAUUUUUUGAAAAUUCAAAACUCCUGAAGACAAGCAUGCUAAAGGCACACCAGGUGACUACAAGAAAUUUAAGCCUUGCUGUUUCAGACUGCUUUUGGAAAAUGGUACGAGAGUCAGUUGAGCAACAGGCUGAUAGUUUCAAAGCAACACGUUUUAACCUUGAAACUGAGUGGAAGAAUAACUAUCCUCGCCUGCGAGAACUUGACCGGAACGAACUAUUUGAAAAAGCUAAAAAUGAAAUCCUCGAUGAAGUUAUCAGUCUGAGCCAGGUUACACCAAAACAUUGGGAAGAAAUCCUUCAGCAGUCUUUGUGGGAAAGAGUGUCAACUCAUGUGAUUGAAAACAUCUAUCUUCCAGCUGCACAGACCAUGAAUUCAGGGACUUUUAAUACGACAGUGGAUAUCAAGCUUAAACAGUGGACUGAUAAACAGCUUCCUAAUAAAGCAGUAGAGGUUGCUUGGGAGACCCUACAAGAAGAAUUUUCCCGCUUCAUGACAGAACCAAAAGGGAAAGAGCAUGAUGACAUAUUUGAUAAACUUAAAGAGGCUGUUAAGGAAGAAAGUAUUAAACGCCACAAGUGGAAUGAUUUUGCAGAGGACAGCUUGAGGGUUAUUCAGCACAAUGCUUUAGAAGACCGUUCCAUAUCUGAUAAACAGCAGUGGGAUGCAGCUAUUUAUUUUAUGGAAGAAGCUCUUCAAGCUCGUCUCAAGGAUACUGAAAACACAAUUGAAAACAUGAUAGGUCCAGAUUGGAAAAAGAGGUGGUUAUACUGGAAGAACCGGACCCAAGAACAGUUUGUCCACAAUGAAACCAAGAACGAAUUGGAGAAGAUGUUGAAGUGCACCGAGGAUCACCCAGCCUAUCUCGCGAGCGACGAGAUAACUACGGUCCGAAAGAACCUUGAAUCCCGAGGAGUAGAAGUGGACCCAAGCUUGAUUAAGGAUACUUGGCACCAAGUUUAUAGAAGACACUUCUUAAAAACAGCUCUAAACCAUUGUAACCUUUGUCGAAGAGGCUUUUACUACUACCAAAGGCAUUUUGUAGAUUCUGAGUUGGAAUGCAAUGAUGUCGUCCUGUUUUGGCGAAUACAGCGCAUGCUUGCUAUCACUGCAAAUACUUUAAGGCAGCAACUUACAAACACUGAAGUCAGGCGAUUAGAGAAAAAUGUGAAAGAGGUAUUGGAAGAUUUUGCUGAAGACAGCGAGAAGAAGGUAAAACUGCUCACUGGCAAACGAGUUCAGCUGGCUGAAGACCUCAAGAAAGUUAGAGAAAUUCAAGAAAAACUUGAUGCUUUUAUUGAAGCUCUUCAUCAGGAGAAAUAAAUGAAUCCUACUCAUAAUAUAAUCACCUCUGCAUACAUGUGAAGAAAAAAACUCCAGAGUCUCUUGUCCUGCCUUUUUUCCUUCUGCUGUUCCACCUUUCUAAACACAAAAUAAAGUCAUGGGAUAAAAAUAAUUUAUGCGUGUUCGAGGCACUUUAACCAUCAGUUGCCUUUCGAAUGCAAGAACAGUGGAAAUGGCAUUAAAAUCCUCUUUUACUGUAUUGAAGUGACAAAGUGAAAUAAUACAAGUGGUGUGGCCGUUAGAUUCAAUCCUUGAAGAUAAGAAACUUGCUCUCCUGCUUGUCUCAUUUGUGGUGGCACGCGUUCAACUAAUUCAUUAGAUGAUAUAGGGUCAGUUUUUUUCUGGGCAAAAAAUGCUAGAUGUUGUGAAAAGCUAUCAGUUGUAUAUAAGAUCAUGGUAACCCGCGAAGUUGUUGUCUGUAUCUGUAAUGUUCUGUAUGCAGUAGCUAUAUCUGAUGAUGAAAAUCGAGUGUACACUGAUCAUGUGAAAGAGGACUAGCUAACAGAAGAGCGCCUCAAACAGGUGGAUUCGGAUUACAGCAGUCCGGGUACAUCCAGUGAAAGAGGUCUUACCCUUCCCUGCCAGCUGAGAGGGCUGUCUUGGAAGCGAAGUCGGCAGCAGCUGCCUGUGUGCUUCCGCCGACGAGUUUGUCCUUUCUGUACCCAUUUGAAAUCCAUUUAUUUUGUCUAGGUAAGCCGGGUUUUCUGUUAACCGUGGGUUUUUUGAACCUGUUGACAGAGCUACUGGGUUGUGACACAGGGUAAGGAAGACCAAGAAUAAUCGGUUGACUAAUUUCAUUGAGACUGUUGUCAAGCACUUCAGGAAAAGGCCUUCUGUCAUAAGACUAUUUUAAGUAGAAAUUACUUCAACAGAAUAAUGUUGACCAUCUCCCUCUUAGCUGAACGUGUAAAGAAAAACAUAAAAUAUGAUUCGUUGCAGUUCAGUUAUUGUACCUUCACAGCAUUUUCAUGUGUUUCAUACAAAUACUUCUUUACUGGCUGACGGACUUUAAAGCAAAGAAAUAUGCCAUUUUUGACUUAAAAUGUCUUUCUCAUUUAUCUCUGCUUUGUUGCCAUUUCAUUGAACCUUUAUUAUUCUAAUAAAAAUGCCCACUGUGUGACAGUUUUUAUUUUAUAGUUUACUUAAUUUUCAGCUUUUUUAGAAUUAUGUUUUGGUAACAGUUCCCUUGCCACCCCACUUUUUUUUUUUUUUAAUUUAGCAUCAAUAUAUCCUUCAUUGUGAUUUCUCUCAAGAUCUGAGGACACUUAAUAUACAGAGUUGGAAGGAUAUCACAGAGUAUUUCAGAAAUUGAGAAUUCAGUAAAUAGUUGUUUUAUACUGUUUGAUAAGAAAGGUAGAUCCCGUUUUACACAGCCGGUAGCAGUCUAUAUUGUUAUUUGGUAGAUGAGAGUCAAGAACAUUUCAUGUGUCUUUCAGCUCUAGGGCUGGUGGGUGAACAGAAAGGGAGUAGAGAGCCCCGCUCCAUGUUCUGUGCUGAGUUUGGAGAUGACCUCAGUGGUUAGCUCCCUCUAACCAGUGCUGCUUGGUGAUAACUCCUCACUGAAGCAGGCACCAUGCAAUUAUUAAUAUUUUUGUAGUUGUAAAACACAGCCACUUUACAACUAUAAAUCUAUUUCUAAAGAAAUAGGACCACGUUUAUUUAUAUGUGCUAUGGAUAGGAAAAAAUACCUUCAGUUGUAUUUCUGUAGAUUUUUCCCAAGCAAAAGGCUAAUGUUAAGUCAGUACUUUUUUCACAUCUCUUUGUAUAAAUGUAAGAAACGGGGAUGGGGGGUCUUCAUUUUGAGAUCAGUAUUUGUAAUUUAAACAUACAAAUAGAUGAUACAAAUUAAUGUGAUGAAAAAUCCAUCUAAGAGUCCGGACACCCCCUCGUCCCCCACAGUAAUAUGACUUCUUUCUUUUAUGGGCUACCUAUAUUUUUUUUUUUUUCCUUUUUAGCUGAGCUCAUUCUAAGCAUGCCUUUUUUUUUUUUCUUGGAAGUUAGGUUGAUGCACAUGUUAUUAAAAGAAAAAAUAAAAUUCGGAUUCUCGACAGUAAACCCUGUGUGUUGUGUCUGUAGUUCAAAACUUACAAAUGAUUCAAAGUUAAACCAGUCACUUCAGAAAUUCAAUGUAUAGGAGUUAAGUUCUAACUUGACCAGGAAUCAUUUGUUCUGCAUGGCAGAAAUUGCAAAGAAGAGAGUGAACAAAGCUCUGUAUGGAAGACUGAACAACUGUAAAUAGAUUAUAUCCAAAAUUGACUUGGUCAAGGUAUCAAUUUUAAAAACUCCGUAUUCAUAGGCAGUGCACAAUAGGAAACAAGCCGUUCUUGCUGCUUCACAGUUCAAUCAGCAGAGCUUAGCUAUAGGUGGAGCAAUCCUCCUUUCUUAGUAGCUUAAUUAUAUUCUCUCCUCUUUGUAUUACCCCCCUUUUUCAGGCUUUACUCCAAUGGACUCCUUCCCACAAAUAAUUUGGCCUCCAAAUGCAAAUGAAUAGUGUAAAAAUGAGCAGGGAACAUUGCAGAGAGUGGUACUUCCUAACCGUAUAAUUUGGGAAGUUUACAUAUGAUGAUAAGAUUCAGAGUGGAGGCUAAAAAGGUAAUUUCCUUAACUAGUUAAUAAUUUUAUAUUUAUUUAUUUCAGAUGUAUUUAUCUGCAGAAAGAAAUAUGGUAUUUUAGGUUUCCAGUAAAAGGGAUCAAAACAAUGCUUUUUAUCUCAGUUCUCUUAGCUGGUGUUUGCUAGAGUUUCAGGUACUUUAGCAGUAUAGAGAUGUGCUUACAAAUAUACUUACUUUUGAAUGAUCAUGACUAUGUGUUUAAGUACUUAAAACUUAACUUUGUUUUUACUUGUGCACUGUGAAUGAACUUUGUAUUAUUUUUUAAAACCUUCACACUCCAUGUAGGUGUUACUGCGAUUAUAUUUUGCCUGUGAUUAAUUAAGGUCAUUUGUGUAGAUUAGUAAUUAAAGAUAUUUAAAUCAUGUUAUAAUUCGAUAUUGGAGAGCAUCUUUUAACUUUUCUCUGUAUUAAUGAGAGGGUGAGAGAGAGAGAGAAAGAGAGAGAGAGAAACCUGAGCACCUAGGGUCAUAAUUUGACCUCACAAUGUAACCAAAUUCAUGGUCUCACAAGCCUCUUAAUGUGGCUCUUCUCUGAAUACUUUUACUUCGCACACAUUUCGCAGUUGUAAUCCAUGGUCAAACAACGCCUUUUUUUAUGUCUUGAUACUUGUCAAAACGUUUUGGUAUUUACUAUGAUAAAAUAUAUUAAAAAUGUCUUUUAAUUGGA